UCUUUUCUGUGUUUCUCAUUUGCAGGAGGAGACAGGGCGGUGGGGGAGUAGCCAGGUCACUGCUACCUGACCCUCUCCUCCCGCCACGCCCCCGCCGCCCACCGCCACCACGCCCACGCUGUCUAGCCCGCCCACCGCCCAGGCCCGCCCUCCCCUCCAGCCAUGGACGCCGAGAACAGGGUGGUCCUCAAUGUGGGCGGGAUACGGCACGAGACUUACAAGGCGACUCUGAAGAAGAUCCCAGCGACGCGCCUUUCCCGCCUGACGGAGGCUCUCGCUAACUAUGACCCGAUCCUGAAUGAGUACUUCUUUGACAGGCACCCUGGCGUGUUCGCGCAGGUGUUGAACUACUACCGCACGGGCAAGCUACAUUAUCCCACCGAUGUGUGCGGCCCGCUCUUCGAAGAGGAGCUGGAGUAUUGGGGGCUUGACUCCAACCAGGUGGAGCCGUGUUGCUGGAUGACCUACACAGCGCAUCGAGACACACAGGAGACACUGGCUGUGCUGGACCGCCUCGACCUGGACACAGACAAGCCCAGUGAGGAGGAGGUUGCCAGGAAGUUUGGUUUUGAGGAUGACUAUUUUUCUGGAAAUUUGUCAUGGUGGCAAAAGACCAAACCCAAGCUAUGGUCUCUGUUCGACGAACCAUACUCCUCCCAGGCUGCCAAGGUUAUUGGUGUUAUCUCCGUGUUCUUCAUCUGUGUGUCCAUUCUUUCAUUCUGCCUCAAGACCCACCCGGACAUGAGAGUACCAGUGAUACAAAAUAUCACUGUGCACACAGCAGAAAACACAACUGUUUGGACUCUUGACAAGAAAGCUACCAAUGCUCAUGAAGCAUUCUUCUACAUAGAAUGUGUCUGCAACACUUGGUUUACUUUCGAAAUAUUAAUAAGGUUAAUUGCAUCACCCAAUAAGUUUAUGUUUCUUAAGGCAUCAGUGAACAUGAUUGACUUCAUUGCUACUCUGAGCUUCUAUGUGGAUAUUCUCCUCCAGAAAUUUGCCUCACAUUUGGAGAAUGCAGAUAUUUUGGAAUUCUUUAGUAUCAUUCGAAUCAUGAGAUUAUUCAAGUUGACACGCCACUCCUCAGGACUCAAAAUUUUGAUACAGACUUUCCGAGCAUCAGCAAAAGAGUUAACCUUACUUGUGUUCUUCCUGGUGCUGGGGAUUGUGAUCUUUGCCUCCUUGGUAUAUUAUGCUGAGAGGAUACAAGCCAACCCUCACAACGACUUCAACAGCAUCCCUCUAGGCCUGUGGUGGGCACUGGUCACCAUGACCACUGUGGGCUAUGGCGACAUGGCUCCCAAGACUUAUGUGGGCAUGUUUGUGGGUGCGCUUUGUGCCCUGGCUGGUGUAUUGACAAUUGCGCUCCCAGUGCCUGUCAUCGUGUCCAACUUCGCAAUGUACUACAGCCACACUCAAGCCCGUGCCAAGCUGCCCAAGAAGCGGCGACGAGUCCUUCCUGUGGAGCAUGUGCGCUGCCCAGUGGCGCCGCCCCCCAAGCGUGGUGGAGGGCCCAAUGCCAUGAACCGCGGACCAGGACCAAAGAUGGUCGGCAUGGGCAUGGGUCUAUCUGUUACCUUGAAUCCCAAUGGCGUAGGCUUAGAGACGGCCCUCAAGGCCCCAUUAUUGUCUCAGUCGGGAGUGGGCGGGGGCCCCACUGCCCCCCUCCAGCCACUCUUCCCUAUUGCUACCAUGGCGCAGGUGGCUCUGGCGCAGCCCACCUCUGCCCCCUCCCAGCUUCCCCUCCAGCAGCCUCCGCCCACCUCCCGUACCCACCGCUCCCCAUCUCCACCCCCUUCCCCAACUCGCCCUCUCCUGGGGUCUUCUUCAGGCUCCAUUGUGGGCCUCCGUGGACCAGAUAGUGGACAGAAUGAAGGCACUGGCACUGGGGAGAGCAGCUCUCAGGGGCGGGACUCCCCCGAGCUUAUCCCCAGCACCGUGUAGCCCCGGCGGAAGGAGCAGCAGAGAGAGCACUCCCAAGGUGACCCAGUAAUCUCCGACGUAUGAGUCAAGACGGGAUUCAUAGCUCGUGUGACCAGACAAGAACACUAAGAGCCAGUUUACUGACGCGUGACGGUGCGUGUGACGGGCCGAGGAGCCAGACACUACCAUGGCGUCCCUUGUCAGCCAGACGCCCCGUGACAGACCUUGUACUGUGAUCCUUGAGUGUUACUUGUAUAACUAUUAUAUAUUAUUUUCAUUAUUUUGGUGUUCAGAAGACAAUGAUACUUCGAAUGCAAGACUCUUACAGCACUGUUUGCCUGCAUGUUUGUUGACACGAUUUUAGCACAUUUGUUUCCUCUCUCAUAAAGGACCAAACCAGAAGUCGAGUAUUUUAACGCUUUCAUGUUUUCAUUGUUUCCUCCUGUACCACUUGGCCGGUCCCGUGCGGGGCUGUGGAGGCGCGGGCAGCUAAGCACAAGCUCUGGCAGUUGUUGGCCAUUGUUCUUCUUUUGUUACCUACUUGUAAUUUCAUCUUUUUAACCUGUCCUAUGCUCUGACGUUUUCACUUGCAGUCUCUUAAUAUAUAUAGAGGACCUAACACUACCAGCAACAGCCACUAAUGGAUUUAUAAGUAAGUGAAGUAUUUUAAUGAGCAACAUGUGCAUUAUAAAAGUCCAUAAUCAUAUUUAGAGGCCUAAGACUGUUAAACAUGUGGUACUUUGAGUAGUUCAGAUGGCAUUGUAUUUGUGGUGGGGCAGAAGCGCCACGCCGCCCUCAGUCUUUUGUUGUUGCCUCCAUAAAUGUCAUUGCAUUCAAGAACCUUGCAGUGUCAUUAUUAUUAGUAAUACUAUUAUUAUUAUUAUUAUUAUCAUUAUUAUUAUUAUUAUUAUUAUUAUUA